AUGGUUGCCGCCGCCGCACAAGCCACCGUACUCCGCCCACUUCAAAUCGAGCCAACGUCGUCUGAUGUGAAGCCGACGACGUCGGAACCUUCUGGAGGUUCCACGUCAGCGGCAGUGACGUCUUCUUCAUCGAAGCAACCACUUCAAAUCGGACCGAUCGCGCCGCCAUCGAUCGGCGAUCGCAGCACGAGCUCCGAAACCACAGAAGGCAAUCGUCGUCUGCAUGUGUCGAACAUCCCGUUCAAGUACCGGGAACCGGAUCUUCAGACGAUGUUCGAAAAGUACGGUACCGUCGUCGAUGUGGAGAUCAUAUUCAAUGAGAGAGGAUCAAAGGGCUUUGGCUUCGUGACGAUGCAGAAUCCAGAGGACGCGGAUCGCGCGCGCAACGAAAUUCACGGAUCCAUCAUUGAGGGACGACGCGUCGAGGUGAACAUGGCCACACAGAGAGUGCACACGAAGAAGGCGAAGCCCUUGAUGCCAGCCAUCGCAGUGGACCCAAUUUCAGCUGCCCAAAACCUGCUCGUCGCCCAGCAACAACAACAAAACCUCCAACGAGCACUUCUCCAACAACAACUCGCCGCUCAACAGCUCCUCGUGCCACGCCAUCCACAACAACUCAUCAUGCCACCGACAUCCGCAGCGGCCGCCAUCAAUCUUCAAGCUCUUCAGCUACAACAGCUUCUUCUCGCCCAGCAACAGCAGCAGCACCAACAGCUUCAACAGAACCCUCAAUUGUUGCUCCAGCUUCAACAACAGCAGGCCGCUGCGAUGGCUCAGCAGCAAGUGCCAACUUCGAUGGCAGCAGCACAUCAUCAGAUGCUUCAACAUCAAUUGGGCAUGGAUCCAUUGGCUCAGGCGCAAGCGCAGAUGGCCAUGUACGCCAUGGAGCAGCAGAGGUUGCAAUUGGCACAGGCUGUGCAAGGUCGCGCCCUUCCCGCAUCAGCUCGCGGAGCUCCACCAGCGUCAUCGGCCAGCUCUCAUCCACCACCACCACUGCCACCGACUGGCUCCAUCGGAGAUCCAUACCUCCAACAAUCGCUAUCCAAUGCCGCUGUCUCUAGUCUCCAUGCCGCCGCCGCAGCUGCCGCAUCCCAACAGCACCACCAUCCACACCAUCAACACCUCCACCAGCAAGCGUCGGCUGCCGCCGCCGCCGCGCUUCGUCGCUAUGCUCCGUACUAA